AUGCCAGUUGGAAAAGGAAAAGCCAAAAAACGGAAAACGAUGUGCGAAGUUUCCGGAUUUCUUCUCUGCGAUGCGUGCAGCAAAGCCAAUGAAGAAAAAUUGAAGAGCAAAAAAGAUUUAAGCAUAGCAUUGAUUGAUUAUAGAAAGACAUUUGACAGUAUCCCACACUCAUGGAUUAAGGAAGUUAUGGCUAUUUACAAAAUCCCCAGUGAGCCGAGGUUGGAGUAUGUAAUAUAUGAUCAGUGUCAUCUACUCUAUAUGGACGAUUUAAAGCUCUUUAUACGAAACGAUGAUCAACUUAAAAAAGCGCUAAUAAUAUUAAACAACUUCAGUCGUGAUAUACAAAUGAAAUUUGGAUUAGACAAGUGUGCUACUCUGAUUAGAAAAGUUGCGGUGGUGCGAAGCAGCGGCAUAAAUGUUGAUCAGGAUAUCCACUUUAGAGGUGUAGAUGCGGAAGAAACGUACAGAUAUUUGAGGAUGGAAGAAGCGGAAGUAGUGCAACAACAAAUGAUGAAGGAACAAUUCAAAAAAAAAUAA